UACUUCUAUUUCCCGUUUUCUUUCUCUCCUUUUCGAUUCUACUUUGACGGCGAACAACUCUCUCUCUCUCUCUCUCUCUAAUCAUGAUUUAGGGUUUCAUCUUACCAAUUCCACCCCCAAAUCAAUCAACGACCUAUGCCAAAUCUCACCGAUCUCCAUCACGCAACUUUCUGAAUGGAAGUGAUGAAACAAUUACUUUAGUUGUAGGAGAUCUAUUUGAAAAGUUCAUGCUAUCUGCUCAAAGUACUUGUUACUGUGACACAAUUGUAUGAUCAAUAAUUUAUUCGAUUUGUUAUUGGAACUUGAAGCUUUCAAUGGCAUCUGAAGAGGUUUUAAAGGCUGUUUUCCCUUUCCUUGAGAGUGUUGAUCUUGCUUCCUGUAUGUCUGUCUCUAAGCAGUGGAAUGACAUAGCUAGAGAUGACUUCUUUUGGAAAUGUCUGUGUGGCAAGAGAUGGCCCUCAAUCUGCAAGCGACCUAAUCCUCCUUCUGUAACCUACUACCAGCUAUAUAAAACCUUUCAUAAACGCCAGCAUCGUAGAACUCUUCUCCCUCCGAGAAUUUCUUUUGAUGAUUUGGAGUUCUUCAUUGACAUUUGGGCUGAAAAUACUUUACUCUUCUCCGAAGUGGUGCCUGGCUCUGUCCUGCAGACAGGUUUCAAAAUUCCACCAUCUGGAGUUUGCGACUUGCUCAAAUAUAACCUGGAGGGUUCUGAAUACAAGAUGACUUUUCCUGUUGAACCUAGGUUUACUAUCCCUUCAGGACAAAAUCAGAAUGUCAGUGUCUCAGUGAUGGUUGGGCGAAAGGAUUCAAAUAAGGUUGCACGUGUCAUAAAUAAGUCCAUGUUUGAUUACAUUGAUCGUUCAUCAUACAGAGCCUUGGCAUUUGAUUACCUGGACAUAUCCCCUGGCUACCCUUUUACGACUGGCAUCCGAGCAUGGAUUUCGUUGCUAUUCAUGGAAGAUGGAAAUGAAGAUCUUAUGCAUGUAUUUGGGAUCCAAAUGGAUUUCUGUGAUGUAGCAAAUUCUAAGGAAGAAGUUUUGUGGCUGCUGGACAUCCUUGAUUGGAAGUAAAUGUUCAAACUGUGAUGUCCAAACAUUAAAAUAUUGUACGUUGUGCUUUUGUGUUAACUUCAGUUGAUACGGGUGCAUUACAAGGUUUGCCAUCUUAAUUUGUAUAAUUGCUUGGUGUUAAUAUCUCGAAUGUUUGGAGCAUGUAAAUACUCUAUGAAUCCUAGCCAUAAAUAAUCACUUCUCUUUUCUGCA